CCAUGUGACAAAUAUGGGGAAAUCUUCGGAUUGCUAAUAUUCUACAUUGACCGAUUGUUGUUCCUGAGUUAAAUCCUCCUUCUUCAAGAAAUCAUCAUUCUAAUGUUUUUCCUAAGGAAGGAACAUAAAUGCACAAGAUGGGAAGUACCAACGCAAACAGUACUAGAAUAAGGUGUGCUGAUCUUCAACUGUCAUUUCAGUACUCCCUGUAUGCCACCACCUAUAUGCUCAUAUUCAUCCCUGGUCUCCUGGCUAACAGUGCAGCCUUGUGGGUUCUGUGCCGUUUCAUCAGCAAGAAAAACAAGGCCAUCAUUUUCAUGAUCAACCUCUCCGUGGCUGACCUUGCUCACGUCCUGUCCUUACCUCUCCGGAUUUACUAUUACAUCAACCACCACUGGCCAUUCCAGAGGGCCCUUUGCCUGUUAUGUUUCUACUUGAAAUAUCUCAACAUGUACGCCAGCAUUUUCUUCCUGACGUGCAUCAGUCUUCAGAGGUGCCUUUUUCUCCUCAAGCCAUUCAGGGCCAGAAACUGGAAGCGCAGGUAUGACGUGGGCAUCAGCGCUGCCAUCUGGGUCAUCGUGGGGACUGCCUGUUUGCCACUUCCUAUCCUGAGAAGUGCUGGCUUAGCCAACAACACUGAAACCUGCUUUGCAGAUUUAGGACUUCAAAACAUUAGCAUGGCGUCCUCCAUUGGAAUGAUAACUGCUGCUGAACUCGGAGGCUUUGUAUUUCCAGUUGUAAUUAUCACAUAUUGCACAUGGAAAACGAGAAAAUCUUUACAGGAAUUCCAAGCUCCUCCGCAGAAUACCAAAGACAGGAAAAAGGCUUUGAGAAUGGUCCUGAUGUGUGCAGUUGUGUUCAUUGUGUGUUUUACUCCUUACCAUCUCAACUUCCCAUUCUUCAUGAUGGUGAAGCAACAUGUCUUCUCAAGCUGUUCAUUCAUUAAGAGCACUCUAUGUUUCCACAUCAUUUCCCUGUGUCUUGCAAAUCUUAAUUGUUGUCUCGAUCCAGUUGUAUAUUAUUUUAUGACCUCAGAAUUUCGUGACCAGUUUUCAGAACGUGGGGGCUUGUUUCUCCAGUCAUGUUUGCGAUGCAAGGACAGUGCUUUGGAAAUUCACCAGAGAAAAGAGACUCUUCAAACGAUUUCUCUUGAAUGUUUGGAUGAUUCCAAAACAAUGUGAUAAAUAACUAGCUAGAACAAUCUAUAUACUCUGUCACUUUUACUCUGUCAUUUCAAAAUGAUAUUUCAAAAAAUGAGUGUUGUAAGGAAUCAUGAUCCCCUUCACUACAUCCUUAAAAUGAUUUGUCCAAAGAAAUUACCCCUGCUGAUAUUAUGUUGCUAAAUGGGAACAUAUAUUUCUAUGAACCAUAUGAAAAAUAAAAAGCUCUCUUUACAUAAAGUGAUUAUCAACAAGAAGAAUUGCAUGUCUGUUCCUUGCAGGAGGUCCAGGCUUUUCAAUUUCACCUGCAAAACCAAAACGUACAUUGAUAACUAGUGGACAUGCAUUAAUUAUCCCAACAUUAAAAAUAUGCAUCAGAAUAAUAUGACUAGAUUUAUGAAGAAAAUAUACACUACUUGAACAAAUUAUAUUUAUGAGGAAUGGUUCUUUAAUAUUAUUACGAAUUAUGGAAAUUAAUAUCUGUACAACUUGAAAUAUAUGACACUUUCCUAUUUUCACUUUGCACAAAGAAACAUUUAGGAAGAGCCUGAAAUAUCUCAGAAUUAUGAUGAGUUCAACCUCAAUACAAAAACUUUACAUAAAACUGUGGCAUGUUUCACAAAUUUAAA